AUGUCGUUCCCCGUUCCUCCUGGCGGUGCCAAGGGUGCUCUCGACUCCCCCAAUGCGCUGCCCGUGACUGUCGAAGAAGCUACAGCAGCCUGGUUCAGCCAGGUCCUCGGCCGACCCGUCGCCACUGCGGAGAUGGUCGAGGCCAUCCACGGAACGGCAAGCAAGAUCCGCUUCAAGCUCACAUACGAGGACGGCAACGAUGCGGCGACGCUGCCCACCCACGUCUGCAUCAAGGGCGGUUUCAACCCCGUCAUCGUCAAGCUGCACCCCUCCCUGAACGCCGUCUACCGCCGCGAGGCCGAGUUCUUCUACCACAUCGCCCCUACCGUGCCGAUGCGCCUCCCGCCCGUCUGGUACUGCGGCAGCGACACCGUCACGGGACAGGGCAUCGUGGUCUUCGACGACCUCAAGGCCGCGGGCUGCACCUUCGGCAACCCGCUUGAGGCCUGGCCUGUCGAGCGUGUGCGCGUCGGCGUCGAGGAGCUGGCCCUGCUUCACGCGAAGACAUGGGGUGCAAAGGAGGAAGACUUCCCCUGGCUCAAGGAGGGCCUUUCCCUGCGCGAGGUCAUCCUGUCGCUGAUGACGGAGCCCGCGUGGGCGGGGCGCUUCCUCGACGAGGCGGCCAAGCCGCCCGUGCCCGACAGCAUGCUGGACCGCGAGAGGAUGAUCCGGGCCUUCAAGACGUUGUGGGCGACGACCAACCAGGACCACAUGUGCGUCGCGCACGGCGACACCCACAUCGGCAACACCUUUGUCACCGCCGCGGGCGAGCCGGGCUUCCUCGACUGGCAGGGGCUGCACGCCAACUCGUGCAUUCACGACGUCACCUACUUCGUCGUGGGCGCGCUGACCGUCGAGGACAGGAGGGCGCACGAGGUCGAGCUCUUUGACCAUUACCUUGUCAAGCUGCACGAGGCCGGCGGGCCCAAGCUGGAGAGGGCGGCCAUCUGGGACGACUACCGGAAGCAUCAUCUCCAUGGCUUCGCUUGGGCUCUGGCGCCGCCUCUGAUGCAGCCUAAGGACAUUGUUGACGCCAUGACGGAGAGACACGUUGCGGCCAUGGUCGACCACCAGAGCAUGGAGCUCCUGGAGAGUCUCCCCGGGUAUGUCACGGAGGCGUAA